UGGGAGGCAGGAGAAGAAGAGGACACACUUGCUUUCAUUAAGCAAAGUAAGACACAUUUGCCUACAAGCAAGAUAAAACAUUCUCUCUUGCUUUCAUUAAGCAAGAUAAUACAUUAUUCUCUCUCUAAAGUAAUAAUAUUACUAUACAUGAUAGUAGCUUUAUGUGGGUACUAAUUUGUGCGUCGAAAGCAUCGCUUAACAGCCGUUUUGUCACAACCACCUAAAGGAACAGUCAGACUUAUAGAAGCUAUUGAGGGAUCACUGGUUGCCAUCUCGUUUCUGUUCCAAUCAUACAACAAAACUCACAUUGAUAAUUUAUGCGUAUGGUGGUUAAAGACUUCAUGAUAUUUGAUUCUUUUCCUUUCGAAAAAAACAACUUGUGCAUGUUGCAUGCAAUGUUGGAAUCCCAAUCAAUGUCCUUAUGUGUGAUUUAGAUCUUUAAUUUAGAACCACUCCUAAUAGGCCCUAUAUCUAUAGUAAGUGAAAACAUAUCUACUUUCAAUCAAAAAGGAUGGUAUGGAUUACCUCAUUUCUAAAGCUAGCAUGACGUGACUGACAAGCUGGUGACCACACAGACACACACAACCACAGAUUCAACAGGUUAUACUUCAUUGUAUACCAAGCGCAUCAUCAAAAUCUUCAAAUCCAUUUCAAGUUCGUAGGCCAAGUGAUCAUUGAUGACCUUUAUUUAAUUAAAUAAAUAAAAUUCCACUCAGAAAUACAGAGACACAAAGAAACACAAGUGGAACACUUAAAUUCCGCCCCUAUUAUAACACCUUGUAAGUUUGAUAUAAAAGUGCACAUAAGUCAAAAAUUUCAGGGAACGGACUAUCAAUAUCCAAAUAUCACCAAAAACCAAGCAAUGACUUUAUAUUGUACACUAAUUCUCCUUUCUUUCUUCAUACCCAAAUCUUUUUCUGUAAUAGACACCAUCAAUGCCACAAAAUUCCUUAAAGAUCCAGAAACUAUUACCUCCCAAAGCAAUAUUUUUACUCUUGGAUUCUUCAGCCCUCCUAAUUCCACUAAACGUUACGUUGGCAUCUGGUAUAGUAAACCCUCAGUACAAGCUGUAAUUUGGGUUGCGAACAGGGACAAGCCACUCAAUGAUUCUUCUGGGGUUUUCAAGAUAUCGAAAGAUGGUAAUCUGCAAUUGCAGAACAGUAAAAAUGAAAUCUUCUGGUCCUCAAAAGUCUCAAGUUUAUCAGCUGCUGCAGAUUUAUCAACAGCCCAGCUCUUGGACUCUGGCAACCUUGUUCUACAAAGCAUAGGGGAGACAGUAUGGCAGAGUUUUGAUCACCCUACGGACACUUUCUUACCAAACAUGAAACUCACAAUCACCAGAAAUGGGAGCCAAAAGCAACCAUUGCAAUCCUGGAAAAACCCUUCUGAUCCAUCUAUGGGGCAAUUCAUUGCGGGUAUUGACACUUUUACCCUACCCGAGCUUGCAAUCUGGGAAGGCAAUCACCUACAUUGGCGAGCUGGCCCAUGGAAUGGAAAUUAUUUUAUAGGAGUACAGUUCAACUUCAUUGAUUUCAUUAAUGCUCAGCUUUUAGUUAAUGACAAGGAGGGGACAGUAACUGCAUCAUACUUUUAUCCAAACACUUCUCUACUAUCAACCUAUAUGUUGAGCACAGAGGGAAAAUUGGUACAAAUAUGGUGGGAUGACGGAAAAAGGAAAUGGGAGGUCGAGUGGAAGAGUCCUGCAACAGAGUGUGAUGUUUACGGGAAGUGUGGAGCAUUCGGAACCUGCAACCCGCAAAGAACAAAAAUUUGUGAGUGUUUGAAGGGGUUUGAGCCAAGGAAUAAAGUCGAAUGGAAUAAAGGGAAUUGGAGUAAUGGAUGCUUGAGGAAAAAAAAGUUACAGUGUGGGAUAGGGAAAGGUGAAGGUGAUGGAUUUUUAAGGCUGAAGAUGAUGAAAGUGCCAUACAAAGCUGACCGAAGGCUAGGGUUGAGUCAAGACAUGUGCAAAAGCCAGUGCUUGAGCAAUUGUUCCUGUUCAGCAUAUGCAUAUGAAACAGGUAUUGGGUGUAUGACAUGGAGUACAAGCUUGAUGGACCUACAAGAAUUUUCGGUUGGUGGAAUGGAUAUUUACCUUCGUCUAGCACAUUCAGAGCUAGUUACAAAUAACAAAAAGAAAGUAAUAGCGGCAGUGAUGGGAGCCUUUCUAGGAACGGCAGUAAUUGCAGUACUACUAUACAUACUGUGGCGCCAAAGAGAUCAUCAAAAAGAUGACAAGAAAAUGGAAGGCAGUUAUAUGAUUAGUGGCAUGAAGAGGAAAGUGAAGCUCAAAGAUAUUCCUCUGUUCAAUUUUGAAACUCUAGCAAAAGCUACAAACAAUUUCCAUGAAAGUAACAAGCUCGGACGAGGUGGUUUUGGUUCAGUAUACAAGGGAAAGCUGAAAGAUGGUAAAGAAAUAGCUGUCAAAAGACUUUCAGGAGCCUCUACACAAGGCCUAGUAGAGUUUAUGAAUGAGGUAAAAGUUAUUUCGAAACUGCAGCAUCGUAAUCUGGUCAGACUACUAGGUUGUUCAGUUGAAGGGAAUGAAAAAAUAUUGGUUUACGAAUACAUGCCUAACAAGAGCUUGGAUACAUUUUUAUUUGGAAAGCAAAAGGAUUUAGACUGGAUCAAAAGAUUCAACAUAAUUAAAGGGAUAUGCAUUGGCCUCCAGUACCUACACAGAGAUUCUAGAUUAAGGAUCAUCCAUAGAGAUUUGAAGGUGAGCAACAUAUUGCUGGACCAAGAGCUCAAUCCUAAAAUUUCAGAUUUCGGAAUGGCAAGAAUUUUUGGGGUCGACCAAAAUGAAGCUAACACUAGAAGAAUAGUUGGGACAUAUGGAUACAUGUCCCCUGAGUAUGCGAUGGAAGGACUAUUCUCUGAGAAAUCUGAUGUCUUUAGCUUCGGAGUUAUAUUGCUGGAGAUCGUUACUGGAAAAAGAAACAACUUCUUCUCAAGUAACGAGGAUCACUUGAGUCUUCUAGGAUAUGCAUGGAAGCUAUGGAAUGAGAAGAACAUCGUGUCAAUGAUUGAUCCAGCAAUUUCAGGACCUCCUUAUGAAAAGGAAAUUAUGAUGUGUAUACAAAUCGGGCUGUUGUGCGUGCAAGAAUUUGCAAAAGACAGACCAGAUGUGUCUACUGUCAUCUCUAUGCUAAAUGGGGAGGUAUCAGAUCUUCCAUGUCCAAAGGUACCAGGACACUCCUGCAUUUCUCAGGAUGAUGCCUUAUCCCAGCAGAAUUCUACCAAAAAUUAUGUUACUAUUACAGAGGUAAGCGGUCGAUGCAUCCCUGAUGUAUUUCCUGCACAUAAUAAAUACAAUGUAAGUAAUGUGGAUCAAGAAGUCAAGCAUACAGCAGGAGAACAGAAUUCCGAUACAACUAAAAUGAGUAUAGUUAAGAAAUUAAACAAUGUCGCUGAAUUUACUAAAACAGAAAACUCACAGAAUGUCAUUCCGGCAACGGAGAAAGAUGAGUCGGCAAUUUCGCCGGCUGCGACAAUGUAUGAAGCGGUGGCUACAUGUUUGCGCAGGUCAGUAGUCAGUACCGUCCUACAAGAUAGGGACAAAUCUAUCUACCUAACUUGGCAAUGUGAAUCAGAAAACUGUACCAACAGAUCACCAAAUAACCCUGUAAAAUCUGUUUUUUUAAAGCUUAGUCAACUCUUGCCACCUCAUCAUAAAGGUCAAACAAUAAACUCACCUAAACUAAAAGGCGGCUAUGUAAGAAAACAAAAUAAUGGUAUUUGUGAACACAUGAUUCAUCAGAACUUUCACAUUUUAAGAAGGAAUUUUAUCAAAAGAUUGUCAGAGAUUUUAUUAUAUGUUCGAGAAAGAUUUAAAAUUUCAGGCUAUCCAAUGAAGAUGGGAAGUUUUUGCCAUUGUAAAAUUAUACCCAUUUCAUGUUUUCUUGUAAAGAUUCUUUCUUUGGUGUUAUAUUUUACAUUGGGUUGUGGUGCAUUCAAUACAAUUACUCAAGGGCAAGUACUUAGAGAUGGAAAAACCCUUACUUCUCAAGAUGGGUCUUUUAAAUUUGGCUUUUUUAGUCCUACAAAUUAUUCUUUGAGGUAUGUAGGAAUCUGGUAUUCUAAUAUUUCAGAUGAUUAUGCAGUUUGGGUUGCUAACAGAAAUGCCCCAAUCAAGAACAGAAAUGGGUUUAUAUUACUUGCAAAUACUGGGAAUUUGUUGGUUUUUGAUGGGAAAAAAAAUCUUGUUUGGAAUUCUAAUACUACUAAAACAUCAAAUAAUUACACUUUAAUUUUAUAUAAUAGUGGAAAUUUGGUGAUUAGGGGGAUUAAUAACUCACCUGUCCCUACUUUCACUUGUUGGGAAAGUUUUAGUCAUCCUACUGAUACAUAUUUACCAGGAAUGAGAGUAGCAAUUAAUCCUAAUCUUGGGGAAAAUCGCAACAUUUUUACUUCAUGGAAGAGUAUAAAUGAUCCUUCAAUAGGGAAUUUCUCAAUGGGAGUUGAUCCUAGAACUGCACCACAGAUUGUAGUCUGGAAAGGAUCGACUCGUCGUUGGAGAAGUGGGUAUUGGAAUGGCUUAUCUUUUACUGGUGUACCAACCAUGGCUGCUUUUUAUAACUAUGGGUUUAAGCUUUCAAACCCUGAUUCAACAGGAAUUAUGUACCUAACUUAUUCUCCUUUGGAUAAGUAUAACAAAUUCAAGUUUAGGAUAACAUGGGAUGGAUAUGAAAGAUCAAUGAUUUGGCCUAAUAAUAGUGACAAACAAUGGAGUAUGGUGCAAGAAGAGCCUUCUAGUAACUGUGAUGUAUACAAUGUGUGUGGGCCUAAUGGGUAUUGUAACAACGCGACAGUUAAUCGGAUGUGUGGAUGUUUCAAAGGGUUUGUACCUAAGUACCCAGAUCAAUGGAGAGUUCGUAUUUGGUCUGGUGGGUGCGUUAGGGAUACUGCGUUGCAGUGUCAAAAGAAUGACAGUAGUUUGAUUGUUAAAGAUGUUUUUUUAGAGCUAAAUAAUAUGAAGUUACCUGAUUUUGCUAAUCUUAAGGAAUUACAAGAAAAGGGAUGUCAAGAGUUGUGCUUGCAGAAUUGCUCAUGUAUGGCAUAUGCUUAUGUUAGUGGAAUUGGUUGCUUGACAUGGGAUGGUGAUUUGUCUGAUGUUCAGCAAUUUACAGGAGGUGGCAACAAAUUAUUCGUUCGCGUUCCAUCAUCUGUCUUAGGUAACCAAACCAAAUUAUCUGGGCUCAAGAUAGCAGUUAUUGCAGCAUGCGCAGUGAUAUUUAUCUGCUUUGUACUUUUGUGUUUGUGCAGAUUUAGAGACAAACUAAAAGGUUGCCUGCCCAAGAGAGGAAAUGAUGCACUAUUAGAUAAACUAAGGAAAAACCAUGGACCUUCAACAGGUGUAUCAGGAUCUCAGGAAAUGAUUGGAGAAGAAGGUUUAGAAAACACAAAAGAUCUUCCAUGGUUCAGUUAUAACCUUGUUGCAUCUGCUACCAAUUUCUUCUCGUCAGAGAACAAGCUUGGACAAGGCGGGUUUGGUCCCGUCUACAAGGGGAUUCUAUCAAGUGGACAAGAAAUCGCAGUCAAGAAACUCUCGAGAAAGUCAGGACAAGGAAUGGAGGAGUUUAAGAACGAGAUUAUGCUUAUCGCCAACUUACAACACAGAAAUCUUGUUCGGAUACUAGGUUGUUGUGUACACGGAGAAGAGAAAAUGUUGCUCUACGAGUACAUGCCUAAUAAGAGCUUGGAUGGAUUUAUUUUCGACCCGAUCAAGAAGCAAGAACUUGAUUGGAAAAUGCGUUUCACAAUCAUCGAAGGGAUCGCAAGAGGACUCCUUUAUCUUCAUAGGGAUGCAAGAUGUACGAUAAUCCACAGAGAUUUAAAGGCUAGCAACAUUUUGCUCGAUAAGGAGAUGAAUCCAAAAAUUUCAGAUUUCGGUAUGGCUAGAAUAUUUGGUGGAGAUCAAGACCAAGCCAAUACAAACCGAGUAGUUGGAACGUAUGGCUAUAUGUCUCCAGAGUACGCCAUGGAAGGUUUCUUCUCUGAGAGGUCAGAUGUGUACAGUUUUGGGGUAUUGCUGCUAGAAGUUAUAACAGGUCAUAGGAGCACAAGAUUCCGGUAUUCUGAACACUCAAACCUUAUUGAAUAUGCGUGGAGAUUAUGGAGCGAAAAGAAAACAAUGGAGCUCGUAGAUCCCACAACCCUAAGUUCAGGUCCGAAUAAUAAUGAAAUAAUUAGAUGUGUACAUAUAGCACUGUUAUGUGUACAGGAUUCUGCUGUAUAUAGGCCUACAAUGUCACAAGUUGUUCUAUGGUUAGAAACCGACGGUCUUGUACUUUCCGAUCCUAGGGAACCUACUUUAGCGUAUUCUUCAGCUCGUCGUUUUGUUGAUAUAGAUUGCCAUAAAGGUGAUCAUCAACAAGAAGCUGAAUCCUCUAAUCAUGUAACAAUUACCAUGUUGGUUGGACGAUAGGGAUAGAUUUGUACUAUAACUAAGACCCUCUUUUAGCCCUAUUUUUGCCUUAGGUAUAAGGAGUUUUGUGUACAUACUUCACACAUUAAAU